GUCAGGUAUGUCAGGUAUAUACUGUAUGUAAUGUAUAAUGCGGUGUCACGAGUUUCUUGCAUGCCCAGGCUUUUUCUUACGUUCCCAUGUCAAAGAAAAUUCAAAAUUGCCUACCUGGAAAGUGGGUGGCUGUCAAAAAGGCGCCCUUGCAUCAGAUUUUGCCGCAUUCGGUCAACGCUCCUGGAUGAAACCUCGGUGGGGAUGUGCAAAGUUUUGCGAGGAGGCAUGCCCGUCGACGUGCUGGAAAGCCUCGUCACAAACAGACUCACAGAAUUCCUCACAGUAGUCUGCUCUGGAACCCUUUCGUCAGCUCCCGCUUUCCGCUCUACGACUUGCCCUUCCUGUUCGGUAUCUGCAUGCAUCGUGGGGGCCUCGAUUCCGUAUGGCCCGGCCUAUCUGAUACACACAGCGCCAUGCACCGGGUCUCUAGUUCGACAUAGACCUGCAGUGUGGAAGCUAGACGAGCACCGUCACACUGGUCAUGCGGCACCGUUCGUGCGGCUGCUGGCGCAGACCUCUAUUAGCUCUGGUCGAAGUGUGCACAGGCGUGGUUGGCUCAUUUGCCAUGGGCAUAAUGAUGCUCCCAAGUACAUCUCGGCCACUCUGCAGCCUCUGCUGGGAUAUGUACCGCUGCACGCAACGUCGACUGCAGAAUCAGAGUUCAGUUAGCGGACCAGUGGCGCGGCACGAGCUGGACUGAGCAGAACACUGCCCAACUUGCCCAUCUCGUGUCAGCCAGGAGCUCUGCAAAGCAUUCGGUGUCUGAGUGCACAGCUGGGACAGAACGAACAGCAGCAGCAGCAGCAUGUCCAUUCAGCCACCAGAAAACAACGCCAUCUUCCAGUACGCCGGGAGGAACUAUCCUCGCUAUGCUAUACAACACCACAUACACUGUGUCCCGGUAGACGAGGUAAGCUCGGCCCAAUAUUGCUGGCUGGCAGCGAUGUGAUAUGGCAUCCCGGCUGUGACUCAGGCUCUGACUGUCACAGGAAGAGGAGCAACGCUUCGAUGAAAUCAACGAGAUCUUGCAGAAACUCCUGGGAGAUGGCUUCGAAGGCGUCGUUCUGCCCCCUCCACUUCAAGAAGGACACAGAUUAGACGAAGCUGACGUCCUCGAUUGUGGCUACGGUAAGGCCGCGUGGGUGGACAAGCUCUUAGGCUACCGGCCGGACGCUGUGGUAGUUGGGAUCGACCUCUUCACCGGGCAAGGUAACUCCGACGAGGACGAGGAUGAGGAGGACGAUGAGGACGGUGAUGGCAUCGAGUCCUUCAUUCGAAAGAGGUGGAACCUGAACAUUCCUCUGAGACAAGAUACCAGCAGCGACAGACUCCGGCCGGAAACGUUCGACCUCAUCAACAGUCGCAUGCUCAUAGAUGGCAUCAAUGCCAAUCGUUGGGAGACGUAUGUUCGCGAGCUGUAUGCAUUGUUGAAGCCCAAUGGCUGGCUCCAGAUGGUCGAAUUUCACGCCAUUUUUCAGUCCGAUAGUGGUCGAGAUGCUCCGUUCUUGAGCAGGUGGUGGGAUUGGUAUAGCCAGAAACUGCUCCAGAUGGGAAAGAACCCUCGGAUAGCGUCGCAACUGAAACCUCUGAUGGUCAACGCCGGCUUCACAGAUGUGCACUACCACGUCUCCCGCCUUCCCGUGGGAAACUGGGACCCAGGUUCGUCUCCGUUCUGCUGGAAGCCUCGUACCAUGCAGCGCUAGCUCACUGACAAUUUGCAAGAUCGCGUACAGCUCGGCAUCCAGGCUCGAGACUUGAUCACGCAGAUGCUGAGAGAUGUUUCACUGUAUCCAUUCCUUGCUCUCGGCCGGAUGCCCCGAGAGCAGUACGAGAACUUGCUGGAGGGCGCUCGACGAGAGCUGCAUCAGCCCGGGUUGAAGCUGUACCUGAAUGUGUCAGUUUUUACAGCACCACAUUUCAUUGCAGAAAGUCAUGCAGCUGAUGAUUCGUGUAGGCACGUCGCGUAUGGCCGAAAGGCGCGCCGACGGCGUUGACCAAUCUCGUUCGCCUGCGGCAACGAGCCCCUGCCGUGCCGGUCUCGUGAUCCUUCUCGCUCUCUCUGUGCGCACCGCGCCGGUCUGCUCGCUGCUUCGGCGACUUGGGAUCCUUGAUAUAUUGCGAGACCAGCCGCGACCAGAACCGCUCGGCAUUGGUUGUGUCGGCCUCCAGAUUUCCUACGCCUGGUGAUGGCGUCGCGAGAGAGAGUGUGAUGAUCGACAAACAUGCCUUCGAGCUCUGAGCAGAGCAUCGUGUCCAUUGGUCGCAAUUCGGCUUGCGCGAUCGUCUGACGUGUCACACAACAGUCUGCGCAAGCAUGAGAGCUGGCGACAGGACUGGAAUGGUGGUGUCCCUACGCAUCGUCAUGGCUUCGAAGCGCAGCUGCAGUGCAUGGCGGCGUUGCGUCUCG